CUAGAGACUUGCGCUACUUGCAACUUGAAGCGCACUAAUAGAAACACGUGGGAGCAUGAGCGGAAUCGUGCUGCUUUCUUUGGUGUCCUUGGCCGCGGCUACGCCGAUAACCAUAUUCGGCCAAGAUGGAAGGCACUACAUGUUGCAGUUAUUUAGCGGCAACUAUGGGAUCGAUCGAUCUGAUCAGGAAAUCUCCGGUACUUCCGGCGGCGGAAGUGACUACGGAGGUGGCUAUGGAGGUGGCUAUGGAGGUGGUUAUGGGGGUGGUGAUAUCGGGGGUGGCCAUGGGGGUAGUGGUUUCGAAGCUAGUUCUGCUGGCGGGCAUCUAGAAUCCGGUGGUAGUCUCGAGAGUGGUCAUCAGGAUUUCUCUUCUGGCGGUGGAUUCGACGGUGGUCACACUGGUGGAGAUGGUGGUCAUGGAAUCUCACUGGACAGCGGACAUAAUUAUGUUCACAGUGUUCCCGUUUCUGAGCAUGUUGAAGUGACAAAGCCCGUUGCUAUACCAGUUUACAAACACAUUGGUGUACCGGUCCCGAAAUCAGUGCCGAUACACGUGCCGCAUCCAGUAGCAGUUGGCAUUCCGCAACCUUAUCCCGUUCACGUCCCCGUACCGAAGCAUAUUCCCAUACAAGUCGUGAAGACGGUGGCGGUCCCGGUAGAGAAGAAAGUGCCUUACCCCGUGGAGAAGCACAUACCGAUACCCAUCGAGAAGCCAGUUCCCAUCACAAUCGAGAAACACAUCCCCGUUCCAGUCGUGAAGCCGUAUCCUAUCAAGAUUCCCAUUUACAAGACUAUUUACCAUCACAAGAAGCAUUAAAGUGUGCCUACGGCAUAAAGGAUUUCUAUGGAUAGGGAAGAACGUGGUACACAUAGCCUAGGGCUAUGUUCUAAAAUUUGCCAGUGCUGAAAAUCUAUUUCGCACGUAACGUAAACUAUAGAUUUUUAUAGCGCUGAUAAUGAAUUUUAGAACACAGCCUAAAAUUAUAGUCUACCUGAUGCUAUAAAAGUUUCGAAGCAUUUUUCGAUCGGUUAGUAAAAUUUUUUUUGAUUGGUUAAUCAAAUACUUCGAAGCAUUUGUAGUGUUAAGUAAAUCUCAUCCUAGAAAUAACUCUUAGCGAUCCACAUCUUUUAAUCGAGUGAAUUUUAGAGGCUACGGUCCACUUGAUGCUGUAAAUGUUUUGAAGCAUUUUUUGAUUCUGGGAUAAAUUUAUCUAAAAUACAUAUAUAUUAGUCUAACAUCUAACUUUGAUCGUAAUUGGUGGUUCUCGUACUCAGUUAAUUCUUUGAUUAGGUAAUUAAUAAAAUUUUUCCUUCUGAUUGGCCAAUCAAAAGGAAGCUUCAAGGCAUUUGCAUUUGUAGGACGCUAAGUGGACCGCACCUAUCGAUUAAAGCACGCUGAAACAUUUAAAUU